AUGUUUCAACACAUACUAGCAUUCUUCAUGACUGCGGACUCCAUUGUGGGAGAGAAUCUAGUACAACGCUUUAUGUGCAAGGUUCAAGUUCCAGAACUUCAGCUCUUUUAUGGUUUUCAAGGCAUGAUUGAAAACAUUCAUUGGGAAGUCUAUUCUCUUCUGAUUGAUACUUUGAUAUGGGACACCCAAGACACAGUGGGCCUUAAACUGGAUGUUGAGUAUGGGAUCGUAGCCUUUGCUGCGGUCGAGGGCAUAUUUUUCUCUGGCUCAUUUGCUACCAUCUUCUGGCUCAAGAAGAGGGGUCUAAUGCCCAGAAUGACUUUCUCCAAUGAGCUUAUCUCUCGUGAUGAGGCUCUGCACACACAAUUUGUGUGUUAUGUUUACUCCAACUUGAAGCAUCGUCUGGAAGAUGAUGUACUCUGCACAAUUGUUGUUGAUGCUUCAGAGGUUGAGCAAUCAUUUUGGGACUGGUACGAUAAUGCUCUGCGAAAACCGAUUUUAGGGAUGAACGCAGAAAACAUGAAACAAUACAUUAAAUUUGUCAUGGACUGCUUACUCAUUGACUUGGGUAGCUGUCCAGUUUAUCAUUCCAGUAACCCUUUUGACUUUGUGGAAAUAAUCUCACUUGAAGGGAAAACGAACUUUUUUGAAAAGCAUGUGUCAGAAUAUGCGAGAACCUAUGUCCAACAUUCUGAGGAUAGUGAACACAUGUUGUGA